UUUGAAAGCCAGCGGUGACGUGUGUUUCGCAGGAUUAUAAUAUCAUCAGGGUUUAUUUAUCUUAUCGAGGUCAGUAAUUACGAAUAAAGGUUUCUCCAUCUCAUUGCCUGGACCUGCGAGUAUACUGAUCUUGGUUCGUGCAGAGAGAAGUAAGAAAUGGUUCCUCAAUGAUCGAUUCUGAUGGCUGUGCUGGACUGGUCAUGGUCGUGCUCAGACUGGGUGCUGCUGCUCCUUGUCAUUGGAGUGAUACUAUAUUUCAUAGGAACCAGCAACUACAAUCAUUUCUCCAAGCAGAAUGUUCCUUUCAUCAAACCUGUACCAUUUAUUGGCUGCAUGGGACCUUUAUUUCUAAGGAAGCAAUAUUUCCCUCAGCUUAUGAUGAGGAUAUACAAAGACCUAGAAGAUCACCCCUAUGGAGGUUUUUUUUUAUUUAAACAACCUAUUAUUAUGCUGAAAGACCCUGAACUUAUAAAAACAAUCGCUGUGAAGGACUUUGAAUACUUCAUGGACCACCGCGCUAUAUUCUCAAAGGAUGGGGAGCCUGUGUGGUCAAGAGGACUCUUCAGUCUCAAAGGUCAGCGCUGGAGAGAGAUGCGGUCCACACUGAGCCCUGCCUUCACAUCCAGCAAGAUGAAAACGAUGUUCGUUUUGUUGUCCGAGUGUUGCGAGCAGUUUGUAAACUUCUUGGAACAGUGCUACCAACAUACGCCACAAAAAGGCUGUAACAUAGAGAAAGAUGGUGAUGUGCUGGUUCUAGAAAUGAAGGAUUUCUACACCAGAUACACUAAUGACGUAAUCGCUACAGCAGCAUUUGGAAUUGGUGUUGACUCCUUAAAGAACCCAACAAACGAAUUUUAUAGGAUGGGACAAGACCUCACCUAUAUGCAUGGUCUUCGCGCCUUCAAGUGGCUCGCUUACCUGGCGAUGCCCAAACUAAUACAGAAACUGCAUGUAAGUAUGAUGUCCGCAAAAUCUACAAAGUUCUUCAGUACACUAGUACUUGAUACGAUUGCGACAAGAGAACGAGAAGGAAUUGUGAGACCAGACAUGUUACAGCUGCUUAUGCAAGCCAAGAAAGGGACUCUACGUGACGAUACCAGUAACUCUCCCGGAAGUAAGAAAAUAAACAUUGAAGACGACGACAUCGUAGCUCAAGCAUUCCUGUUCUUCUUAGCUGGCUUUGACACAGCCUCCACCCUUCUGUGCUUUGCCUCUCAUCAGUUGGCCGUUCAUGCACACAUGCAGGUUCGACUUCAGGAAGAAAUUGAUGAAACUCUACAGAAGAAUGAUGGAAAAUUCACAUAUGAGGCAGUAAACAGCAUGAAAUACCUGGACAUGGUUGUGUCUGAAACGCUGAGGCUCUAUCCAGUAGUUCCAGCUGUGGACCGAGUCUGUAUUAAACCCUACACCCUGAAAUCAGAUCCUCCUAUGGAAAUACAUCCAGGUCAAUCCCUCUUCAUCCCAAUAAUCGGAUUACACCGCGAUCCCAAAUACUACCCUGAUCCUGAGCGGUUUGACCCAGAGCGAUUCAGUGAGGACAACAAGCACGGUAUCAAUCCGCUAACUUACCUCCCAUUUGGACUGGGCCCAAGAAGCUGUAUUGGGAACCGCUUUGCUCUUAUGGAAACAAAACUGGCACUAGUAUCCUUGCUGUCUCGGUUCAACGUGGUACUGGUUGCCAAGACACCUGUACCUAUCAAAAUAGUACAGAAAGGAUUCAACAUGUCCAUUGAAGGAGGCUUUUGGCUGGGUCUGGAGAAGAGAAACCCAUGAACUGCAUCCUACUGGAAUUUUCAGUUUUGCUGGUAUUCAGUUGCUACAUGAGAGCAACUCAGCUUGGACCGACAGUGCACUGAAGUCAAUAUUUUGAAGUGAUAUUUUUUAUAAAUCUAAUAUGUAUUUACAAUUCUGUUAAUAACCUUUGGAAUAUUUCAUUAUUAUUAAUACAUUUGUAUUAGUGUAGUGGAUUGUAGGUACUGAGGCUACUGCAGAAUUCUAAUAAUCUAUUUUUAGUCAUAACCAUGCAAAGUACUACCUAUCCCAGUACUUGAACAUAUUUAGCAGUGAAAAUUCUUCUGUUAGCUUAAUCAUAUUGGGUUUAUUUCUGUGAACUGCCACCGUCACCAACAUCUAAUAUAAUUUCAUUAUCCAAUAAAUUCCAAUAUCCUUGGUUAA